AUGUCGUCCAUCGCUGAAAUCGAAGAGGAAAAGAAGGCCUACCAAGAACAAUUCGAAAUCGUUCUUGGCCAGCUUCGCGACGACCCCGACAACGCCGAACUCAAAAUUUUAAAGGACGAGUUGAAUGGCUUCAUCGAUCUUCUCAAUGAACAAAUUGCUGAGCUCAAGCCUGCGCAAGCGCCAAAGCCCGCCCCAAAGCAGCCAUCACCGCCACCCGAGCCCGAGAAGUGGUCGCGCGAGAACCACCCCGCCUUUAAGAAAGCAGCUCCGGCCGAGGAGAAGGAACCGGCUCCCGCGAGUUAUCACGUCAACGACACCGUCCUAGCCAAGUGGGUUUCUGGCGACAAGGCUUUCUACCCAGCGCGCAUUACCUCCAUCACUGGAUCCUCCUCGAAUCCCAUCUAUGUCGUCAAGUUCAAGACCUACGAUAAUACAGAGACUUUGCAAGCCCGCGAUAUCCGACCCGUGUCCAACAAGCGGAAGGCGGAUGGAACACCGACGACUUCAGCGCCCGCGACACCGCCUGCUCCUGGACUGGUUACCUCCGCAGGCGCGACGGUAUAUCCCGAGGCGAAGAAGGCAGCUGAAAACGAUGGCGAGGUGAAGCCUCCUAAGCCAAAGAAAAUCAAGGCUAAGAAGGAACUUGAAAAGAAUAAGAAUAAGUGGCAAGAAUUCAGCGCAAAGUCCAAGUUUGGAAAGACUCAAAAGAAGGACAGCAUGUUCCGCACUCCCGAAGGUGUCCAUGGUAGAGUUGGCUUCACAGGCUCCGGCCAAACAAUGCGCAAAGACCCCACACGAAGCCGUCAUAUCUAUCAAGUGAACGAUGAGCUAGACUAA